AUGGCCGGGACAAGAGACGACUACGACGUCACGGCGGCGCUCGACGAGUUCUACGCGUCCCGCACCGGCGUCUGCGGCCUGGUCGAGUCCGGUGUCACCAUCGUGCCACCGCUCUUCCUCGCGCCGAACAGCCCGCCUCCACCGCCACUCGGGACGACGAACUUCAUCAUCCCAACCAUCGACCUCUCUCUCCCACGCUCGGUCAUCGUGCCCCUCGUCCACGCCGCCGCGCGCACCUGCGGCAUCUUUUACGUCACCAACCACGGCGUCCCUGCUGACGUCAUUGACUCCGCCCUGUCCGCCGUCCGCGCCUUCCACGAGCUGCCUCCCGCCGUCCGGUCGGCGUUCUACACGCUCGCGCCCGUCGGUGGCGUAAGCUUCAGCACGUACCGCAACGACCGGCCACGGCAGGCUGCCAGGCCCGACGCCAUCCCCGUCCUGCCUUGGCGCGACAGCCUCACCAUCAGCCUCGCCCCGCCGGGUCCCGACAUGGGCCACUUCCCCGCGAGCUGCCGGGACCCGUUGCUUGAGUAUCACCGGGUCAUGGCGGAGUUCGGAAAGAAGAAGAUCGGGGCGCUGCUGUCAGAGGCGCUCGGUGUCGGUGCAGAGUGGCUCGAGAAGACUAUGCAGAUGGAGGCUGCGUCUAUGGCGUCCCACUACUAUCCUCCAUGCCCGGAGCCCGCGAAGGUGAUCGGCGGUAUGGACCACACCGACCCAUUCCUGUUCACGGUGCUGGUGCAGGACGCCGUCGGAGGGCUCGUGGUGCAUGUCGACGAUGGGGAGUGGAUAGACGUGCCGCCGGUGGCUGGAACGCUCUUAAUAAACAUCACAGAAUUGCUCAAGGUGUUUUCGAACGAUGAGUACAUUAGCAUAGAUCACAGGGUGAGGGUCAAGUCGAUGAAGGAAUCAAGGGUAUCCAUCGCCCUCUUCUUCAAUCCAAGCGACUCCCACAUAAUCGAGCCUCUCCCGGAGCUCGUGACGGCAGACAAGCCCCGACGGUACCGGAGUUUCACCAUGACUGAGUUCAUGGAUUCGAGAAAAGGCAAGUUCGGGAAUGGCAGCUCGUCCAUCCAGCAAUUCGCGCUCACGAGCGAACCAAGCUCUUAA